AUGCUAUCUCUGCCGUUAUCCACAGCUUCCUCCCCCCUAGCUGCAAACGACUCGGCGAAGUCUAUCGACAGGUCGGAAUCAGAUGUUGCGUCUCGAGCCUCGCAACUGGAAGCAGCCGGGGUCUGUUAUUCGCACCUGCCAUUCGAAAUCCCGGGUGCUGUGGUGUUGUCUGCCCCCUCAAUUUCUGUCCUUCGACAAACCGCAAACGAUGUAUGCCGACAGAUUAACUCUAACACGUCUUACUCGAACCAGUUUAUCAUCGUGUUAAACAUAUCCCAACCUCUACAGGAGGUAUUAGGUGGAGAUCGAAACCCCCUUGAGGUUCCCUACAGAUUGACACUCGACGCACAGCGCCAGCAAGGGGUUAUUCGAAUAAUGCCCUCAAAAGCUCACAAGCGAGUCACGCGGUCAUUUUCAAACAAACUCGUCGCGAAGUUACUCAAUAUGGGGAUUGAUCCGGACGAUUACACUAUGAACAGCGCCUCCCGGUAUAAUGGAAGAACAUGCGACAAAGAAGCUGACGAGUCUCUCACUCCGUUAGGGAAUCCUUCUGAAGAUGAUGACUGGCCUUCGCUCGUUAUUGAAACUGGUCUUUCUGAAUCAGAAGCACAACUACGAGCUGAUGCACAUUGGUGGUUCUCAAACUCCGACCACCAAGUCAACAUAGUCAUGCUAUUUCACAUCCAGAGAUCCCCUGAGCGUAGAGUCGUUAUAAAACUCUACCAUCUCGAACCUAUCACCCCCAGAAUCACGCGUGGACUACAGGCAGAUGUCCGACGCGCUCUGCUAUCUGUGCCUCCGCCCCCGCCAUCUCAAUUAGACUCCCGAACAGUGCUACGACCUCAUCUAGCGGCCAAAGAGAUCGUCAUUGCCCCAACAGAUGUUCAGAAUGCUCCGCUGGAACUAGAUUUCGAAUCCGUCAUGCGCCGCCGGCCGGCCCCUAACACGAGGGAAAGAAAUAUUACAUUCACAGCUGAGGAUCUCGCUGCGUGCUGCCGCUAUGUCUUUCUGGAAGCCUGA